GUAAAGUUUCACCCUAUCGUAUUAUAUACUAAACUGAUUAAAAUGUUGAUAAGGCUUUUGUAUCACUUUGAAAUUAAUUGAAGUACAGAUAAGUACUCCGUUUAUUUUGAAAGUCAUGUUUGUGAACCGGUUUCAAGUAUUUUACCUGCUGAUUUUGCUGAUAUUGCCUGAUAAUGGAAACACCGAAUGUGCAUCAGGAUGGCAUCAUUUAGAAUCAUCUUGCUAUUUCUUCAGCCAUGAACGUUAUAAUUGGUUUCAGGCUCAGUUUAGUUGUAGUGCACACAACGCACGCCUUGCUGAAGUUCAGUCAAAAGAACAGGCGACCUUUUUAGUAAACAUGGGUAAAACUCAAGGACCAGGUCAAAGCUAUUGGUUAGGAGGUAGAGAUGAUGUCAUAGAAGGAAUGUGGACGUGGGCUCAAACAGACCAGCCGUUCAAUUUUACUGACUGGUAUCCUAAUGUACCAGACAACAAAGCCAGAAACGAGAACUGCUUACAUAUGUAUGCUGCAUAUAACUUGAAAUGGAACGACGCCACAUGUACCGGACUGUACAGAUUUAUCUGUGAACAAGAGUAUUCCGGAGAUGGAUCUGCAAUAAUAGGAUAAACAAAUAUCAAUGUGAAAACAAGUAGUUUUAGUUUUAGAUUUUAGUUAAUCAAAUUUGUAUUCUAAAUUCGAAGAAUUACUGCAUUAUAGUACUGAAUAUAUUUCGGGGCGAUCUGCAUUAAAUUCACAAUUGUCUUCUAAAUAUUCUGUUAUCAAAAUAAAUUAAACGUUCAAGUCAUUUCGAGUCAGUACAUUUGAUAUUUAAAUCUUCUUGAAAAACUGUGUUAUCAAACCGUGUUUUCCCCUGUACAAUGUAUAUAUAAUUUUUAAAGUCAUAAAUGCUGAUAUCUUUGAA